AUGGGCUUCACAACAGCCUGGAAGGGGCUCUCGCCUGCCAAACUCAACAUCGCUAUCCAGACAUUCGCUUUGAUCUCCAUCUUCUUUGAAGGUUAUGAUCAAGGUGUCAUGGGAGGCGUGAAUGCUUCGCCAAACUAUGUUACUGAGGUCAAUAUCGGUACUGCUGAUGGCACUGUGACAAAUACCACAAAGCAAGGUGGCAUUGUCAGUAUCUACUAUCUUGGUGCCAUUGUUGGCUGUUUCGUCGGAGGAUGGGCAGCCGAUCGAAUUGGCAGAAUCAACGGUCUCUUCUUUGCUGCCAUGUUUGCUCUUGUUGGAGGUGCCUUGCAAGCUGCAACCCAGAGUGCAGACUUCAUCCUUGUCGCUCGUGUUGUCACUGGUCUCGGCACUGGAGCUCUCACCGGUAUCACUCCUGUACUCGUAUCGGAAGUCUCCAGCGCAGAACAUCGUGGUGGUUUUCUUGGAUACGUCUUCAUCGCCAACUACCUCGGAAUCUCAGUCGCCUAUUGGCUCGACUUUGGUCUCUCCUUUGUGAACAACGGUUACUCGGCAGUCCGCUGGCGAUUCCUCCUCGCUUUCCAAUGUCUUCCUGCUCUUCUCCUCCUCGCAGGUAUCAAGAUGCUUCCCGAUUCUCCCCGAUACCUGGCUUCAGUCGGCAGAAACGAAGAAGCUCGCGAAGUUCUCGAACACGUCCGUGGAAAUUACGGUCCAGCUGUCGAGCAAGAGUUCAAUGAGAUUGUCGCCAUGGCUGAAGACACCAAGCCCGCUUCUCCUAUCGAGUUUAUUAAGAUUAUUCUUGGUCUUGACAAGACAAAAGGCGCGCAUCUUGGUCGCAGAGCAUGGCUUUGUAUUUGGUUGCAGAUUAUGGCUUCUUGGACCGGAAUCACUGCUGUUACUGCAUACUCGCCAGUUCUUCUCCGUCAAGCAGGUUACAGCGAGAUCAAGCAGAAUGGACUUGCUGGAGGAUUGAACACCAUCGGUAUCAUCGGUACCAUCAUCUCCGCACAGAUCGUCGACAGAUACGGUAGACGCAAAUGCUUGAUGUGGGGAGCUGCCGGCCUGUUCGCUGUCAACUUGAUUGCUGCCUCGCUCUACGAAGCUUCCCGCGCCGAUCCUUCCAAAGCUGCCAGUAUCGCUCCUGCCGCCGUAACCAUGUUAUUCCUGUUCAACCUCAUCUACGCCUCCACCUGGGGCACAGUCGCUUUCCUGAUCCCUACAGAAAUCUUCCCCAGCAGAAUGAGAGCACAAGGAAACGGUUUCGGCAUCACCGGCUGGGCCAUCGGUGUCGGCUGGACAGUCCUAGUCAACCCAAUCAUGUUCGAAAAUAUCCAGAGUCGCACUUAUUUCCUCUUUGCUGGAUUGAAUUUCAUCUGGAUCGGAAUCGUCUACCUGAUUUAUCCGGAAACCGCAAAUCGCUCGCUUGAAUCUAUCGAAGCUAUGUUUACCACUUCGCCGUUUUAUUGGCAGAUGGAAAAGGCGUAUGCGGAGAAUAAGGAUUUGUUUAUCACAAAGGCGGAGAUGGAAGGGGGGUUGGAGAAGCGGAAGCAAUUUGAGUAUUCCUCUCAUGAUGAGCUGCCUCAGGUAUAA